AUGUCUGCCACGCCAAUUAGUAUCUUCCAGCUUCCAGUUUCCUGCUUAGCGAACGGGCAGUGGGCAGUAGUUGAUCUCAAUUAAGGAUUUUUCUCUAAACCUCAGAAUGCAAAUGGACUUGCAGCAGAAAGGAGCUUUCGCCCAUUUUUCUUGUCAAAUGGCUAUAUAUGGAUGAAAGAUUUCAAGAUCGUAGGAUUGGUCGCAGUGAUCCAAUUAUUAUGCCUCGGAGAUCUCCAGACCUCACAACACUGGAUUAUUAUCUAUGGGGCUGGUUUAAACAUGAAGCAUGUAAACAAUAAAAGGGCCAUCAGGCUAAUGGGCCAGGAAGGAGCUCCAGGUGUGCCAGAGGAGGCAGCCACGUGCCAGGCCCCGAACUCAGCACCUGGUCCCCGAGGGGUAUCCACUCAAUGCUUCGUCCUACCUUCUUAUAACGUUACCUCACUGUAA